CUGGGACACUGAAUGAAUUUUAGCUCCUGAAAACAUCCUGCCAGUCUGCAGUUGUGAGGCUUCAGCAUCCCCGCCAUGUUUUCCUCGGCCGUCCCUUACAAAAACCAACACUACGAUGACCUGAAGAAGGACUGUGUGAAGGAUAAGAAGCUGUUUGAGGACCCAGAGUUCCCAGCUACCGAUUCAUCUUUGUUUUUUAGGAGACCGCCUCCUGGAUUAGUGCAAUGGAAACGACCAGGGGAGAUAAGUGAAUCACCUCAUCUGUUUGUGGAGGGCAUCAGCUCCCAUGAUCUGAACCAGGGCAGUGUGGGAAACUGCUGGUUCGUCGCUGCCUGCUCCUGCUUGGCCUUAAAACCGCACCUCUGGAAAAAGGUGAUUCCUGACUGGAAGGAGCAGGAAUGGGAUCCUAAUCACCCAGAAAAGUAUGCUGGCAUCUUCCACUUUCAGUUUUGGAUCUUCGGAGAGUGGGUCGACGUGGUAGUGGACGACCGGCUGCCGACCAUCAACGGGGAACUCAUCUACUGCCACUCAAAACACAAUAAUGAAUUCUGGAGUGCUCUUCUGGAGAAAGCCUAUGCCAAGCUCUCUGGCUGCUAUGAGUCUUUGGAGGGAGGAAACACCGGAGACGCUGUGGUGGAUUUCAGUGGAGCUGUGGCAGAAACCAUCAACCUGGAGGUAGAGGCUUACUAUAAAGACCCAGAAAGACAGGACAAGCUGUUCGAGGAUCUACUCAAAGUGUGGGAUCGUGGAGGAAUCAUCAGCUGCUCCAUUAAGGCAGAACCUCAUGAAAUUGAGCUCAAGAUGGCAAACGGGCUGGUGAAAGGUCACGCAUACUCGGUAACUGCAGUGAAGCGAGUGCGUAUGGGUCACGGGCUGCUGGCCUACUUCAAAAACGAGACCAUUCCUCUGAUCCGCAUGCGAAACCCCUGGGGCAAGACAGAGUGGAAGGGAGCCUGGAGUGACAGCUCUGAAGAAUGGUCAAAGGUUGGCGACACUGAGAGGGGCAACCUUGGCAUCACUGUGGAGGAUGAUGGCGAGUUCUGGAUGUCCUUCACAGACUGGUGCAAGUUCUUCACAGAUGCAGAUGUUUGCCGGCUGAUCAACACGUCCCUGAUCAGCAUCCAUAAGACGUGGAACGAGGCUGUUCACUUCGGCAGCUGGACCAAGAACGCAGAGCCACUGCUGAACCGCUGCGGCGGCUGUGCAAACCACAAGCCCACAUUCCUCCAGAAUCCACAGUACUUAUUUGACAUUACAAAGGAGGCUGAUGAGGUCCUCAUCUCCCUGCAACAAAGAGACAUGAAGAUCCACAGAAGGUUUGGUCAGGGGGAAAAUCUGACCAUCGGCUUCAGUGUCUUCAAGGUGGAGCUGAACAGGAAGUACCGAAUGCAUGACAUCCUGACUCAACAGUGCGUGGCCACCUCCACCUACAUCAACGCUCGGACUGUCUUCAUGAGAUGUACGCUGACUCAGGGUCGAUACGUCAUCAUCCCCACCACCUUCAAACCUCAGACGCUGGGAGACUACAUGCUAAGAAUGUUCACAGAUGUAGACUCAGACUGCAGGGAACUGACGGAGGACAAGCCAAAGCCAAAGUGCUGGAGUGCAUUUUUUGGAUAUCCACAAGCUGUUACUCACAUCUACGUCCAUGGAGCCGAAGGCCUGCAGAACCAGGACAGUACAGGAGGUGCUGACCCUUACGUCAUCAUGUACUGCGAGGGUAAAUCAGUGAGGUCCACCAUCAAAAAGGACACCUUGGAACCAGAAUUUGCUACGAGUGCUAUUUUCUACCGGAAAAAGCCCAGGAAACCCGUAACUGUGGAGGUAUGGAACAGUAAUGCGGUGAAGGAUGAAUUUAUGGGACAGGUAGUGCUGUCUGCAGCAGUGAUGGACACUUCAGACCCUCAGAGGCUUCAGCUGAGGAAGAGAGGCCAGACGAUGGCCGAUGAGAUGCCCGGCAGCCUCAGCCUGAGGGUCAUCACUGCCACUCAGCUGAUAGCCAUG